AUGUUUGACCUGAAGAAGAGGAACAGUCUGACUCUCAACAGCAGUAGAGAGCCGGAGGAGUUCAGACGAGUGGCAGUCAGACGGAAGGGCAAAGGUGCUGAGGUGGACUGUGUCUCACAGACAGCGAGCAGUGGAGUGUGUGGCACAUACAGCUGUGGCUACACUUGUGACAAAGUCUGUGGAUCAGAACCAUGGUGUGCAGAAGACAAGAACAAAACUAAAAGUCCAGCUAAAAGAUCCCCCUUAAAACCACAAGUACCUCCUAAACCAGCCUACAGUCCCACUACAGGACCCCAUCACGUUAAUGUCGACCAGAGUCCUAACAGAUGUUAUGGACUUUCUGUUUCCUGUGUCAGUCCAGCACAGAACUACUUGAACUCCCCCAGUCCAGUUCGAGGUGGAGGGAGCUCUGUUUUGAAUGGAGUUUUUGCAACACAUAUCAGCCCUGCCAGACAAGCUCAGGGGUUUCCACGACUUGCAAGCAGUCCAGUUUUAGGAUCUCCGAGCCCAGGCAAAAGAGGCAUUCACAGAUGUAGCCCAUUUAAGGAGGGAGGACACAGCCCUGCAAGGUUAUCCCCAAGAAACCUUAGUCCUCUUGCAGGAAAACUGCGGACCCCCAGUCCUGUUCAGAAGAAAAUGGGGAGCUACAACCUUGGCAAGAACUCCAAAUCCUUGCUGGGACUGCACAGAAUCCCAAGUGGCAAGACGCAUGGACAAGAGAAGAUGACAGGAAAAUCUUUGAGUGUGCCUGACUUGAUUAUUUACUUGGAUGAGAGCAGAUGUUCCACUGAAAAAGUUGAAGGUUCUCCACUAAAACUGCUGCAAUCAUCCAACAGCAGGGGGCCUGCCAUCACCAUUAAAGCUCCAACCAACCAAAGGCUCAAUCACAGCACAGAUGAAGACCACCUAUCAAGCAAUGGCAAAAGAUUUUCUCAAGGACAAACUAAUGGCGUAGUGCAGAGCAAAGAGUGGCCACUAAUAAAUGUGAAGAGCGUGAUUGUCAAAGUGGAACGAGGCAUAUUACCAAUGGAGUGUGGUGCUAAGUUUUCCUGCCAGUGCAACAGGGCUGCUAUGGAUGACGAGAGGAUUCACAAGGAUCCUAUAGGUGAACAAAAUGAGGAGGACAAGAAGAGGGAAAUGGAGCCAAACUCUGAAGAGAACACAGAGCAGAAAUUGUACAAGAUAGCCAGGGAACUCCUGCACACAGAAAGAGCUUAUGUAGCUCGCCUCUAUCUGCUAGACCAGGUGUUCUGCUCGCGUCUAACAGAGGAGGCAGGUCGAGGCUCAUUUCCUGCUGAGGUGAUACGAAAUAUUUUCUCCAACAUUUCCUCCAUCUACUCGUUUCACAGCCAGUUCCUGCUGCCUGACCUGGAAACCUGCAUCAAGCACUGGUGUGAGAGACCAGGCCUGGGUCACGUUCUGCUGCAGCACGCACCGUUCCUGAGGAUGUACGCGGACUAUGUCAGGAACUUUGACCAGGCCAUGGAGCUGGUGAGGACCUGGACAGAGCGCUCCUCUACCUUCCGAAACGUCAUCCAGGAAAUACAGAGUCAGGAGGCGUGCGGCAGCUUGACCUUACAACACCACAUGCUGGAGCCGGUCCAGAGGGUUCCACGUUACGAAAUGCUGUUGAGGGAUUAUCUGAAGAAACUGCCUAAGGAAAACCCAGAUUAUGAGCUCGCUCACAAGUCUUUGGAGACCAUUUCCAUGGCAGCCACACACUCAAACAGCGCCAUCCACAAAGCUGAGAACAGGAAGCGGCUGCUGGAAAUCUAUGAGAUGGUUGGAGAGGAGGAAGUGGUCAAUCCAACCAAUGAGUUCCUCAGGGAAGGUCGUCUGCUCAAGCUUGCUGCCAGGAACGCAUCUGCCAUGGAGAGACACCUGUUCCUGUUCAACAACUUCCUGCUGUGCUGCACUCCCAAGUUCUGCCUAGUUGGGCAGCGUUUGACUGUUCGGUGUAGGAUUGGAGUGGAGUGUAUGCAAGUGCAGCAGACCAACAAUGAAGACCACCCAUAUACAUUUCAGGUCUCUGGAAAGGAGAAGACUCUUGAGCUGCAGGCCAGCUCUGAACAAGACCGAGACGAGUGGAUUAAGGUGAUUCAAGAAGCUGUUGAUUUGUUUCAGAAGAAAAAUGAAACCUUUAAAUUGGCUUCCAAGGAGGUGAAUGUGGAAGAACUAGAACCAGCUGAGGAACUCGGCCGUCGAGCCCCGCGCUGGAUCAGAGACAACGAGGUGACUGUGUGUAUGAAAUGUCAGGAGCCUUUUAACGCGCUCACAAGAAGACGACAUCACUGCCGCGCGUGUGGCUGCGUGGUGUGUUGGAAGUGUUCAGACAACAAAGUGGCUCUGGAGUAUGACGGUAACAAGCUGAACAAAGUGUGUAAAGCCUGUUACUCCAUCCUAACUGGUCAGAGGGGCGACAAGGCGGAGUGUGAAGCAUCUCCAGUGACUGACAUUGUAGUGAGUGGUUUCCUACACUAUGGUGACAAACCCAAGACCUGGCAGCAAAUGUGGUGUGUUAUUACAAAGGCUGAGCCCCCAGUUCUUUUCCUGUACAAUGUCCCGCAGGAUGCGAAGCACCUGUUCAGCAUACCUCUGGUGGGCUGCAGUGUGGAGGAUUCCUGUCAGGAGCCGCAUGGUCAGCCGUGUUUCAGGUUAGGUCAGUCUAAAACCACCCACAUGUUCACCUGCGACAGUCUGGACCUGAAACAGCGAUGGCUGGCUGCUCUGAAAGUUGCUGUAACAGGCAGGAUGCCAGCAUGCUCACUGACUGCUUCUCAAAUCACCACCAAUGACUCUAGAUGUGGCGUUAAUGGUAGUGUCAGUAAUGGAAGUGUCUCCAGCUGUGCGGAUCUAAUCUACAAUGGCAACAAGGAAACCACUACUGCAGAUUGAGGCACUGUGGAAAAGACACAACAGAUGUAAGAAGUUAAUUGUUUUUUUUAAAGAUGUUGCUUUGGACCACGUUUUUAAAUGAAUGGAAUCUGUGAAAAAAGUGAAAUUCAGAACUGAGAAAGGAUUUCUUCACAAGUGGCUGUGCACUUUAUUUUGGAGAUGAUUUACAGUAAAAUAAAUAAAGUGAAAGUGUUUUAACAUAA